CUAUCCCUCUCUUGCCCCUCUGUCUUAUCUCACAGAGAGAGAUGAUCGGAGGAGCAGAGUCUCAGUGAACAGAGCGAAGCGAUGGAGAGAUGCUCCAUCUCUCCUGUCGCACGACUGACUGCCCUCGUCUCCCUCCUCCUGAUUGCUCUGGUGACACAGCCCUCCACCUGUAACCGGGACGACGCUGAGGGCGAGGAGCAGGUGGACGCCCUGUCGGUCCAGCAGUCCGUCACGGCACAGGUCACACCCACGCCUCUGUGGGCGGUGAUCUGGGGUCCCACGCAGCAACUUGAGGACGAGACCUACCACUUCCUCUCAGGCCAGGAAGCUGACCCCUUGCAUCAUCACGGGAGCCAGCAGGAGGCUGGCGCCGCUACAUCCGAGGACUGGCCUCAUCCAGGUGCAAGCGUGCAGCCCCGUGAAGAGACACCUUUGGAGUCCAGGGAGGAGGAGGAGGGAGUGGAGGAUGGAGGGACGGAGGCGGAGGAGACGGAGCCUGAGGAAGUGGACCCUCAGUUCUACGUCACCGUGACCAUCUCCUCGCUGCUCAUCCUGACGGCUGUCGUCAUUAUAGCCAAACUCUGUUAUGAUCGCAGUUGUUCCCAGCAUCCACCCCCACUCUCUCGUGGCGUGGCGCCCCCCCUCACCCUUGCGCUCCCUCGCUCGCUCGCUUCAGAGGACAGCCGGCAGACGUUGCACAGCACCUCCUCCUCCUUCACCGACAGGGAGAGGAUCCCAGUUGUGAACCUCUGAGGUGACUGUUUUUCCAUAUGGUAAACAUUUCUACGGGGCCCGAGGAGGAGCAUCAACACGACCAGAGGACGUGCCCGCAGUGCUGUUUUUAUUCUUCUCUGAAACUGUGAAAUGAAUUCAGGGAUCCCAGGUGUGCAGCCAUGACAAAACUCCUUGGCUUCCCUGAGGUCUGAAAAACACAAACUCAUCUCCCUGCUAUACUUCCUUCCUUCAUAUUCCCUUUGUUGGGUUUAAAUUUCCUUUUCUGUGUCUCUGCGUCACUGUCACCUGUUCCGUUUUCCAUCCUCUGAAUGGCCUCGAGCUCUUGCAAAGCAUCCCGACCACUCUGUGCAUCGACCUGCCAUGACUAAUUCACAAACAAGCCGUUUAACAGCCAUCGCAUCAUCCCAUUGCCCCUGAAAUGCCCUACCUGUGCUUCCACAACUGUUUCCAUUGAUUCAGCCACACACACACGAAGCUGUUCUGUGUUCAAUCUCAUCUAGGAGACUGUUCCUUCAUGAAGUAACACUCAAAUUCAGCACAGUUUACAGCAGGCUUGUGUCUGGCUUACAAAUGGUAAAAAAAUAAUAAAAAAAAAAAAGCCAUUCUGAGCAUCUC